AUGGCAGAGUCUAAAUGGGAAGGCAAAGCCUCAGCCAAUCUUGUAGGCUCAACACCACAAGAAGUAUGGCCUCACUUGGCAGACUUUUUCAACCUAACCAAGUACCUUCCUAGUAUUGACACAUGCUACAAAAUUGAGGGGGAGGAUGGAAAGCCGGGGCUGAUCCGGUACUGCUCCUCCACCAUAACAUCAUCAUCUGGUGGCAGCGAUGAGGUGGUGAUCAAGUGGUGCCAUGAGAAGUUACUUGAGAUUGAUCCCAGCAAAUGGUAUUUUAACUAUGAGGCCCUGGAUAAUAACAUGGGCAUCAGGUCAUACUUCUCUACUAUCAAAAUAUUGCCAAUCGACGGUGGUGAAGAGGAUGGGUGCGAGAUUGAGUGGUCGUAUAGCGCUGAUCCAAUCGAAGGGUUCACAUUUGAUAGUUUCUUGGCUUAUAUUGAUACCUCUAUCCACACCAUGGCUGAGAAUAUUGGGAAAGCAAUCCAGUCUACUGGUUGA